AUGGUCAACAAAUGUUCGGAAAUGGUUCGCGACUUGAAGGAUAUUGGAGGUUAUGAGAACGGCCAUCCUUCGUCUUCAACUCCUCGUACAUUGGAACCGGUAGAAAACGUGGCGCAGCGCUUAUUAAAUGAAUUGGCUGGUCAAGAUGAACUUGGAAAUCUUAUUUGA